UUCGCUGCCUGGCCAGUUGUUCGCCUCAGCGCACUAAUUCUGCUUUACAGGUCGACACCUCCUCUCCUUUGGGAUGGAUUUAACAUCGGAAAGGGUGUUGUUGGGAUUACGAGAUGCAAGUAUCGAGGCAGGAAAGCUACAAUCUCUUUCCUUUUUGACGAACAAAAUUGGCGACGUGCCGAAUUGUAUGCCAUGUAUCACAUUUCUUUAUCCCACUUGCACACUUUGUGGUGAAACCCUCCUUCAUAUCGUGCAAGUAUACUGCCCCUUGGAGGGUUCUCUGUAUCAUCGAACCAUUAAUGUUUUUGCUUGCCCACAAAAUGAAUGUUCAGGAAAGGCAGAAAGCUGGAAAGUGUUACGCUCACAAAGUUUGGAAACAGAAGCAAGGCAAAAAUCUGAGGCAAAACAGACAUCGACUGGAGUGACAGAGUGGUGUGAUGGGGCCGAUGAUUGGGGAAUGGAUUCAGAGGAAACGCCUUCAAGAAAUAUGACUAUGAACAUAUCUGAGGUUGCAGAUUUUACAAAUCACCUACAGCGCCUUAGCUUCGCAGAUAACGCUCAAGAGGCCGAAGACAUUCCUUUACCUACUGGAACAACAGGGUUGAUACCUCCAGGUCCUGUUCCAACUUUCCAGCCCUAUUAUAUAAAUGUCAUUGAUGAGGAAGAACUGUGUAUGCAGGAGGACACAGCUCAUGCCUUGCAGUUACUGAAGGAAUAUCAAAAUAGAGAAGGCAUUGAUGGGAUUGAUACUGAACAGUUAGCAAGUUGUAAAGAGGAUGGAGGAGAAGAACGAUAUGAGAAAACAAAAGCUAAGCAUGGUGAUGAAGUAUUUAUGAAGUUCAUGAAGAGAGUCUCUUUAUGUCAAGAGCAGGUGCUCAGGUAUUCUUUCAAUGGGAAGCCACUAUUUAUAUCUGCUCCACCUUGCAAUGUGAACCAGAUGGUCCCUUUUUGUAAUAGCUGUGGCAGCUGUAGAAGAUUUGAAUUACAAAUUAUGCCAGCCAUGGUUAGCAUGCUCAGAAGCAACAAUGAAGAUGAUUUAACAGUGGAAUUUGGGACUGUGUUAAUUUACACAUGUGAGAAGAGCUGCUGGCCUGCUAGCAAUCAUACCCCUCUUGAAGAAUUUUUAUUCUUGCAAAGUGAUCCUGAUCAAAAAUUCUUUAAAUGAGUAAUAAAGAUGGCAUGGUAGUAGA